AUGGGUACCACACUCCGCUGCUGGGUGGUUGUCUGGCUCCUGUGGGCAGGUCCCACGAGUCCCAGCAGCGUCACACAGAACCCAAGACACCUGGUCCUGGGGAGAGGACAGGAGGCAAACCUGACAUGCCACCCAGUGGAAGGCCACAUUUACGUCUACUGGUAUCGGCAGCUCCCGCAGGAAGGGCUGAAAUUCAUGAUUUACCUCCGGAGAGAAGAAAUCCUGGACGAGUCAGGAAUGCCAACAAAACGCUUUUCGGCUGACUUUCCCAAAGAGGGGCCCAGCCGCUUUAAGAUCCAGCUGGCGGAGCUGGGCGACUCCGCAGUGUAUUUCUGUGCCAGCUCCUCCUCCACACCAAUUCAAAGUCACAUCCUCCCAGGGCACAAACAUCCUCCAGGCCCCGCCCUGACACAGCCCCAGCUGCUGGGGUUGGGGACAGGGCCACAGCCAGGGAAGGGACCUGGCUUCGGACUAGUGGACAAAUUACUUGUGAAGCAUUUUUAA